UUCUCGUUAGUGAACUCAAGAGAGCACGAUGGUAAGGGCAUCGCUUUUCAUAAUACUGUGGCUAGCAUUUGUUGCCGGCGCCCACAAAGACGCUGGCCGGGGUUUAAAGGCAAAAAAGUUCGAUUGGUGGGAACGCGGUAACUUCUAUCAGAUCUAUCCACGCUCGUUCAAAGACUCGGACGGUGAUGGCAUCGGAGAUCUGAAGGGCAUAACGGACACGAUCGAUUACCUCAAGACCAUUGGCAUUGAUGGCGUUUGGCUGUCACCGAUCUUCAAAUCCCCGAUGAACGAUUUCGGGUACGACAUCUCGGAUUUCUACUCGAUCCAGGAAGAGUACGGCACGAUGGAGGACUUUGAGGAGCUGGCCGCCAAGUGUCGCUCGAUUGGGCUGAAGUUGAUCCUGGACUUUGUACCGAACCACUCGAGCGAUGAGCACGAAUUCUUCCAGCAGUCUGAGGCAGGCGUUGAACCGUACAAAGACUACUACAUCUGGCACUCGGGCAUCCUGGAUGCGAAUGGGACGCGAGUGCCACCAUCGAACUGGAUUAGUGUGUUCCGCGGGAGUGCGUGGCAGUGGAGCGAAAAACGUCAGCAGUAUUAUCUGCACCAAUUCCAGAAGAAGCAACCGGAUCUGAACUAUCGCAAUCCGGCCGUCGUGGAGGAGAUGAAGAAUGUGAUGCGCUUCUGGUUGAACAAGGGUAUCGCUGGGUUCCGCAUCGAUGCGCUACCGUAUCUGUUCGAGAGUGACGAGAUCGAUGGACGGUACCGUGACGAGCCGGCAUCGGGUUUGGUACGAAACGAUCCCGACAAUCCGGCGUAUCUCGAGCACACCGAGACGAAGGAUCAACCCGAGACGUACGAUAUGGUGCACCAGUGGCGUCAGGUGGUGGACGAGUACACGGUCCGGGAUAAUUUUACGCGCAUUAUCUUGACGGAAGCGUACACUAGUCUCGCGAAUACGACCCGGUUCUACGGUACGCGGGCCGCUCCGGGAGCACAGAUUCCGUUCAACUUUCAGCUGAUCAGCUACCUGACGAAGCAGAGCACGGGCCAGGACUUUGCGGAGCUAGUGGAGAGCUGGCUGAACGCGAUGCCGCGGGGAUCGAUCGCAAACUGGGUGCUGGGUAAUCACGACAACAGCCGCAUUGCCAGCCGUCUCGGUGUGGCUCGGGCCGAUCUGUACAACAUUGCACUCCAGACACUGCCCGGUAUUGCGGUGACGUACUAUGGUGAGGAGAUCGCAAUGGUGGAUCAGUGGAUUUCGUGGGCGGAUACGAUCGAUCCGGCCGCCUGCAAUACGGACGAGGCCACCUAUACGCUGUACUCGCGAGAUCCGGUCCGUACUCCGUUCCAGUGGAAUAACGGUACGAACGCUGGUUUUUCGAAUGCUACCAAAACUUGGCUCCCGGUGGCCGAUGGUUACAAGGAGCUGAACGUGGAGCAGCAGCUGCUCGCCCCGCGGAGCCAUCUGAAAACGUUUAUCCAAUUGACGCACUACCGGAAGCGGCGCCUUCUGGCGGAAGGUGACUUUGAGUUACACGUCGUAGACCGGGAGCUGAUGUUGUAUCGCCGCAGGGUGGCCAGAGUGGGUGAGGCCGUGAUUGCGCUCAAUUUCGGUGAUCAGCCGGUCCAGGGGUUGCCAUUGCGUAAGGUGUUCUCCGGCAUUCGGCGAGGAAAAAUGGAGGUCGUUGCUAGUUCACUGCAAGUCCCAGUGACUGCCGGAGCAACGGUCGAUCCGGAACAGUUUGCCUUACCAGCCAACUCCGGUAUCGUGCUGCAGCGUAUCGUCGGUCCGAAUCUUAUCGUCGCUUGAUGGGCAGAUAUGAAUGAAUGUUUCAAUAUGUAAUUGGUGGUGGGUUAUUAGCACUUUGGGAAAAUAAAGUAGUAGCAUUCAUGUGA